CAAAUCCCAGUGCCUUGAAGACGAUCAACCACUUCUUCGCGUCAAGAUCUUACAAAAUGUUAUCUAACUCUUUAUCUAAACUUAAAGAAAACAAAGAUGAAAAAGAUUUAGAAAUAUCCGAAGUACUGAAAAAGUGGCUAGAACCUAGAAUCGGUCCAAAGUUACAAAAAGGUUUAACGGUCGAACAAGCUUGGGAAGAUAUUGUUAAAGACAUUGCAAUAAAGGCUUUAUCACCACUCUCUUUGAAAGUUUUUGCGAAUGCACUCACCAGAUUGUCGAAUAUGGAUCAUAGAGGCCGAUUAACCUUGGUAGAAAAGUUACUCACUAUUUCACCGACUCCUGAUUGUGCCACUGGUGCUAGAGCUGAAAAGAUUCGUGAAAUAAUGAUAGCAACAUUAACACCUCAGGACACUCCUAAUGGAACCACUUCAAUUGAAAUCAACCCUGAUCUAAUCGAUGUUGCGGAAACCGUUUUGGCACAAUCUCAUAGGGAUUGGAUAAGCACGCGCGAAGCGCUUUCGACGUUCCUUAAGGAUUGCACGGCCAAAUACAAUUCAGAUCUUAAUGUAUAUAUUGUAUAUCCUCAUAUCAACGACAUUUCGAGAAAUUUGUUUUUUGAUAAGGAAAUGAGAACUAGCCUGGAAUAUUUCUUUUCAUGUGUUCAGGACGUUGCCAAUGGGAAAGGCAUUAAAUUUGCAGAUCUUAUUAAACCAAAAAUAUUAGAUUGUGAAAAAAAAACAUUUGAAGAACUAUUUUCUAGAUAUUUUCCAAAGGGGUUGAAUUUGUUAAAUGAGGAUCAGGUUGGGACUGAGGAAUAUGAGAAGACCCGUCGAACGCGUCUUAGAACACCAUAUCUUCGACCUCGAUGGCACAAUCAACAACACAUGAUGCUUUUGACUUUACAAAACGCACCCAAUUUUACCAUGGCGCGUACAAAUCUUAUUGACGCUGCGUUGGCUUUAGAUGAAAAAAUAAGCGAUGAAACGGGAUUACCACGUUGUUUUACUGGUCAGACACCAAGAAAUUCGGCCAGCGCUUGUUUAACUACCAAUGCUGACAAAUAUUUUGUGCAAUUCAAAAGAGAUCGUUCGCAAACAUCUUAUUAUACACUCUCAUUCAUACCUAAUGACAUUAACGAUGCUAUCAAGCAUUAUAAAAGUUGGAUGGAGAGAUUAAUAGAGCACGAUUGGCCUUUAUGUUUUGGAAAGGUCAAGAAAAAUAAGCAAGGUGCCAAUCUAAUAAAUAGUGGACGCGUGAUUAUGUUAAGUGUUGGUGCAAGCAAUCCACUUCACUUACGAUGCAGACGCUGUGCACCUGAGACAUCAUGCGAUAUCAAGGUACCCUCAUGCUCGAAAUGCAAGUCUCGAGGAUAUCUUUGUAUUUACCCAUUGAGAACCGAUGUAUGCAAAGAAAUUGAACGACCAAGGAUAAAAUUAAAGAUCAAGGACUCGUCAAAUCCGCAUAGCCUUGAUUUCGAGAAAACACAAACUGGAAUAAGAAAAGAUUAUCUGGCAGGUAUUGAUCUCUUAGGUGUUCCCAGAAGUUUAGACGACGUAGUUGAAGUUCGACCGUCUACCAUACCAAAUGCGGGUAAUGGUUUGUUUGCAAGACGUAAUCUUCCUAUGGCGACACCUCUGGGAUUUUACUUUGGGGUUCCAAUGAUGGAAGACGAAUUUGACCAUGUAAAAGAUAAAGUUGGAAAAGCUUCUCAUUAUUCCAUGAGAUACAAACAUACGAUCCUCGACGCCACUGAUGAAAACGGAGAACCUUUUACAGACCCCAAAGGUGAAAUAUAUUGUCCUUUUCAUUUCAUGAAUGAAGAUCCAUUUGGAAAUAUGGUGUUUUUGGAAGGAAAUGAGGUCAAUCAAGUUAUUUGUUGGACCAAGAGGGACAUCAAGAAAGGGGAAGAAUUGUUUGUGUAUUAUGGUGGUGAAGUUGAUAGAGGACACUGGGGUCAAGCCGAAGGUGCUGGGGAACCAAUCGCUUGCGUUGGAGACAGUGAAGAGGACGAUAUUAUUUUUAGUGAUGGCGAAGAAGAAAGCCCGGGCACUCCUAUUACCGGGAAAAGGAAAACGCUUAACAGUAACCAAGAGAAUUCGGAAAAUGCAUUGCCACCGAAAAAGAGAGGAAAGGGAGGUGUUACAAGUGAACAAGAUUCACCCGCAGAUUUUGAAGAAGUGACAGAUCAGUCUACAAGCUCAAAAAAAGUCACAGAAGAGUCGUACGAAGAUGUGUUUGAGGGGGGAUCGGGCACUAAAGGAAUGGCCGGCAGAUUAAGAAAGAAAGAUUAUGAAGACGAUUCGGCUGAUGCAGAUUCUGAGCAAAUUCUAAGUUCAGCAGCCGCAAAAAAACGAAUGAUAGGGAAACGACGACGCCGAUAG